AUGACCAAUCAAUUGGACUUGUCUGAUUUGAGGACCCAGUUUCGAAAUGCAGUACAACGAUUGAAUCGACUUUCCCUCUAUCAAUCUGCCAAAUGGUGCGCAGAGGCAUUGAAUGGACUUUCCAAAGAACUAACUCUGGCAGGAAUAGGGUCUACGCAACAAUUAGACGAAGAGGGUUAUGAAGACUUUGAUAAAGUUCUACUAGCUCAGUCGUAUUUUAACUGCAAGGAGUUUGAUAGGACGACACAAGUCUUGGAAGGUUGCAAAAGUGGAGACGCAAAAUUCUUACGCUUAUAUGCAACGUUGAUAUCUAUUGACAAACGGUCUACUGAGGAUAGCGACGGAGUGAUUAAUGUUGGAUCAAAUGAUGUUAAUGUUCUUGAUGGAAGCGGAGUUAAUCCUAAUGAUUAUAACGAUGCAACUAAAGUGGAAGGAAAUCACAACAUUGCCAAUUCUAAAUACACGAGAAUACUCACAGAGUCGGAAGCAUACUUGUCGGGGAAGGAAAAUCCUUUCCUUUAUUACCUUAAUGGAGUUAUUUAUCGCAAGAGAAAGAAAAUCCAAACAGCUCAGAAAAAUUUGUAUCAAUCAUUAGUACUUUUCCCAUUCAAUUGGUCAUGUUGGCGAGAGUUGAUAAAUUCCUUUGUAACGUAUGAAGAAGCACAGGGUUUCAUUCAGAAAGUGAAGAAGAAAAACGAAUCGUUUGCUAGCACAAUCAUGUUUCAAAUUUUUGAAAUGGUUGUGUUACAAGAAUCACAUCAAAGUCUGGGUAGGUUAUUUGAAUUGGUAAAUCACUUGCUGAGUAUUUUCCCUAACUUUACUUUUAUAAAAGUUCAACAAUUUUUAAUUGCUUACCACAAUUUGGACUAUUAUCAAGCAGAAUCGAUAUUUGAUCACAUCUUGAUAGAGGAUCCUUCGAGGUUAGAAGACUUAGACACUUAUUCAAAUAUGUUGUAUGUUAUGGAAAAGAAAUCAAAAUUGUCAUAUUUGGCGCAAUAUGCAUCGCAAGUAGAUAGAUUUCGACCAGAAACUUGUUGUGUUUUGGCAAAUUACUACUCGAUGAAGAGCGAACAUGAAAAGGCGAUCAUGUACUACAAGAGAGCAUUAAUAUUGAACAAGGAUUGCCUAAGUGCUUGGACAUUAAUGGGACAUGAAUUUGUUGAAUUGAAAAACUCACACGCGGCUAUUGAAUCAUAUAGACGAGCUGUUGACACAAACCCAAAAGAUUUCCGUGCUUGGUACGGAUUAGGUCAAGCUUAUGAAGUUUUGGAUAUGCAUUUAUAUGCCCUCUAUUAUUACCAAAGAGCCACAAACUUACAGCCACUGGAUAAACGAAUGUGGCAAGCAAUUGGUAAUUGUUAUGAAAAGAUAGAUCAGCUAGAGGAUGCAAUAAAAUCGUUCGAAAAGGCACUAGCCAUUGGCAGGAUGACGUCUUCUGGAAAUGCCGAAUACCAUCAUGACAGUAUUCUCACAUCGGCUGACGCAAAUUCACAUGUACUCGAAGAUCUGGACGAGUUGGUAGAACCCCAUAUAUGCUACCGAUUAGCCACAAUUCUGGAAAAAUUGGGAAAUGCUGAAGAUACGUUCAAGUACAUGAGACUAUGCUUUUCACAGGAAAUCGAAUGGGGUGUUAGUGAUGAAACAUCAAAAGCUAGGCUAUGGCUUGCUAGAAAAGCUUUAGAGAGUGGUAAGUUAUCAGAAGCUUAUGAAUUGGCUAAAGAUUUGAAUAAUAGCAAUAUGCAUGAUGUGGAAGAAGCUAGAGCGAUAGCGCGGGAUGCACGAAACAGAAUGAGAAAGUAA